AACCACAUUCCACAUGUAUGAGAAUUGAGCAAUGACUUGGGCCUCAAAAUUUUGUGUUUCACAAUUUGCCUGAUCAUAAUUUAUGGAACUUGGCCUUAAAGUCCAAAACCCCUUUAACAACAAUCAGAUUGACUUAGGACAAAUAUUGAAUCAAAAACUGAAAAUCUAAAGAAAAACUUGAAAUUUAGAGGAAGACAAAAAAAUGGCAAUGAAAUUGUACCCAAGUUAUCUUCAUCCUCCUUCAAUUCUACCAAUUCGUUUCAAUCAACCCAAAAAGAUUGCUUUUUGUGUUAGAAACUUUAGCAGUGGUACUCUUCAUGCUGAUAAUUCUUAUAAGCUAGUUUUAGAAGUGAAGGAAAGGCUCAAAAAUGAAUACCACGAACUUCCGGUGGGCAAGAAUGGACGGGAUGAUGAAAAUAUGAUCUAUUGGUUUCUCAAAGACCGUAGUUUUUCUGUUGAUGACGCUGUGAAAAGACUUAAUAAAGCAAUUAAAUGGCGUCAAGAAUUCGGAGUUGCUCAUCUGUCUGAACACUUGAUGAAAAGUGCAGCUCAAACAGGCAAAAGCUCUGUGCACGACUUCCUUGAUGUGAAUGGGAGACCAGUGCUUAUAGUGGAGGCAUCAAAACAUUUCCCUGGAAUGCAGGAUGAGGAUGAGAAAUUAUGUGUGUUCCAAAUCGAGAAAGCUUUGAGUAAGCUCCCAGAAGGCCAAGAACAAAUACUGGGGAUAAUCGAUCUCAGGGGCUUCGGUACUGCAAAUGCAGAUAUGAAUUUCUUGACGUUUUUGUUUGAUGUCUUCUACUAUUACUAUCCAAAGAGGUUGGGCCAAGUGCUCUUCGUGGAAGCACCGUUUGUUUUUAAGCCUCUUUGGCAGUUGGCAAAGCCGCUCUUAAAAAAGCACGCAUCUCUGGUGAGAUUUUGUUCAGCAGAGACUGUCCAUGAAGAAUACUUUACAGAGGAAACCGUGCCUGCCCUCUUUAGAAAUGAAAGUACAACGCAGGUGAGCGGUGACAACCAAUAACGUCAAAACUACGGCUGAUCUAUUAUUCUGUUUCUCGAAUGCUUAUGUGGCUGAUCUUUGCAUAAUGUGAAAUUGUUUGUAAAUGUAGUGAUUUCAGAGCUUUGAUCCAAAAGAAUCUCUGAGAUGCACAAAAGUGUGAUCAUAAUCAAGAAGAUGGGAUAUCAUUUGUUUUAAGUUUAGGGUUGCUGUCAUACAAUUAGGAUGGCUUUAAUCAUGUAAGACUUCAAUUCAGUAAGCACACUAGAAACAUGUACCUAAGUGUAUAUUCAAUGGAGUAUACUUUCAACUUGUAUUUCUGUGCAUAAUUGCAUUAUAUAAGAAUUGGGAUCA